AUGAAAUCAAUCUCUCUCUUCGCAAUAACUUGCGCCACACUGGCAGCGUACUCCAAUGCCGUUCGAACUUUCACGAUCCUCGGUGGGCAGAUCUACACGCCAGGACUGGCUAUCGUCGACGCACCACAGCCAUUCACCCCACUCGGCGGCGCGACACUGCACAUCGCUAUCGACGUCUCUGGCAAUGGCCGUCUACCCCCCUACACCUACCAAGCCUUCCCAAACGGGACAGUUCCGACAUCAUUCGAUCCAAACCCCUCUGACGAUGACAACGAACUAAAGCCACUAACUGGAACCUACUACCACAAUAUCACUAUAUUUUUAUCAUCAUAUGAGAAUAGACAUAACUUUACUGUGUCGAAUAAUACACUUCCGCCGUCAAGGUUUAAUAACAGCUAUGUCGCCCCGGUGUUGAGCUUGGAGCGUGGGAGUACGGUUAAGCACAUAAAUUGGAUUUGGCCGGAUUGCUUGAGAAGGGGGCUUGGGGAGUAUAAUAUCUCAAUCCACCAAUCUUUCACAUAUAACUCAUCAGACUACUACACCAUCUUUAACCUCCCAAUCACCCUUACCAACGACCUGGACCCAACCCGCGACGCAGCCGAUUGCGGUUUACUACAGAAUCCUCUCAUAACAGAAGAAAACCAGAGGCUAUCGUCGAGUAGAAUAGAUUUUCAACCGUGGAUAAAUGGAACGGGUGCCCAAGUGGACUUCGAGGACGGUGAUAAGAACAAGCCUUCUAGUGCCGGGAAGUUGGAUGCAAAGGGAUUCCUGAUGACGUGGAUAGUAUUGCUUGGAGCUAUUGUCCUUUAUAUAUAG